GUGUGUGUGUGUGUGUGUGUGUGUGUGUUUGCAGCGUUCAUGCCCGGCCCGGUGUUGUACGGCAGCGUCAUUGACAGUACCUGCAUCCUGUGGGGCAGGAAGUGCGACAAGAAGACUUCCUGUCAGUACUACGACCUGGACCGCUUCAGGCAGAGGUUUCUGGGUCUGCAGGUGGUGUUUGUGUGCGGCGCGCUGCUCUGCUUCCUGCUGACCAUCGUGGUCCUGCGCCGGAGGGCCGGGCAGAUGGAGGGUAAAGGAGUGAGGGGAGGGUAUGCGAUGGUGAGCGCUUCGUCUAAAGAGAAGGAGCUGGAGGGCAUCAAAACCUGAAGACACACAGCGAGAGGAAGCAGGGAAAUAAAGACGCCCAACGAAGCAGAACAAGAGUUCAAAUAGAAUGCUAACGUGGAAGCUGCUACGCUAACAAAACUGCAGUUCAUGUAAAGGAUCUGUCGGCCUGUAUAAUCAGACUCUCAUGUUGUAUUGCUUCACUAACGCUCACACUCCAGUGGAUGUACAUAAGCUGAUCAAUGUAUUGGGACAAAGACGAUGUAUUAACCACUCCCGCUCGUUGUACUCACGGAUAUAAUCUCUUUAUAUUCACUUUUCUGGGUUUUCAAGUUCAGAUUUUAGUUUAUUUUAACUUCUCCAAGACUCAAGUUACUUCAGUCGGGCUCUUGGUGUUGAGGCGGUUGCACCAAACUUUUCUAAGCCACCAUAAAGAAAGCAGCGGAUCUCCUUCCUUUCUUCUUGUUCUGUGCAUGGUCCGGCGCUCUCACUGGAGGCUCGGUCAUUCAGCCAGAGCCUCAAAUGUCCUGCGUCUCAGUGGUGGAUGCUAACCGCUGUUAUAGCAUCACUGUGAAGCUAGCCGUGCUAACCCUGCAGAGUGGAUCUCCAUCUGGAGCACUUACACAAUGACUUGCUUCUGAAAGCUCCAAAAAAGAUGCCGCAUAUUUUUUAAAACAUAUUUCUGUAUAUAUUUUUUUGUUUGUAUACGAAAUGAAACGUCAUAAGGGUAUUUCUUUCUACAUGGCUGGUGUGCAGGCGACUCGGUUCAGAAAGCUAUCUUGUUUACACAAAAUGAGUGGGAUAAACAUGUAAACAUUAACCAUCUGUCUGUGAAAGAAAACACAUGUGGAAGCACUCUUACUGUCCUGGAAGGGGAACUGGUUAGAAAUGAUAUUGAUGUGAUUCUUCAACUGUCCUUACUUUAGUCAAAAACUUUUAUUUUUUUAUUUUUUUCAUUGGACAUUGAAGCAUGCAUAGAUUUUAGUUUAAUCAUUUUAUAAAUAUAUAAUAACUGUUGAUUUCUCAGAGUGUAUGGUGAUCGUUGAAGAGUCAAGUUUUUUAUUGACAUGUCUGGUUUUAAUCUGCUCCACUUCUAAACUCUGAAAUUCACUUUCAAAGCUAUUUUUUGUAUUAAUCUAAAACUGUGAAACAUGUUGUCUGAGGGAUUUUUAAUAAACUUAAAAAAUGGA